AUGCCUGAAGUAAUAAGCCUGCCGAUCGUAGCAGAGAAAGCCGUAUCUGAACAUAUCAGUUCCGAGGAGAACAAGAAGCCGAAGCCUUGCUGUGCUUGUCCCGAAACCAGACGAGCUCGUGACGAGUGCAUAAUCGAGAAGGGACCGGAUAUGUGCGAAGCUCUGAUUGAAGCCCACCGCAAAUGCAUGCGACAAUUCGGUUUUGAAGUUUAA